AUGGUUCGAAAACUCAAGCAUCAUGAACAGAAACUCCUCCGCAAAGUCGAUCUGCACACCUACAAAUCCGACGCCGGACACCGCGAAGCCGCCAUCCGCCGACGCUACCACCUCCAGCAUCCGCUUGACUACAAAAAAUACAACGCCCUCUGCGGCUCCCUGCGGCAGCUCGCACAUAAACUCUCCGCGCUGGACCCGGAGGACCCAUUUCGUACGGAUAUCGAAAGCCAGGUUCUGGAGAAGUUGUGGGCGAUGGGCAUCCUGAAGCAGAGCCGCGAGCAAGGGGCGGGGCUAAGUAAGGUUGAGCGGGAGGUCACGGUUAGUGCGUUUGCGAGGAGGAGGUUGGGCGUUGUCAUGGCGCGGAUGGGGAUGGUGGAGAAUGUUCCUACGGCCGUAAGAUUUAUCGAACAGGGCCAUGUCCGUGUCGGCACGGAGGUCGUCACUGACCCUGCCUUCCUCGUGAACAGGAACCUCGAAGACUUCGUCACCUGGGUCGAUUCGAGCAAGAUCAAGCGGAACAUCCUGCGGUACCGUGAGAAACUGGAUGAUUUUGACCUUCUAUAG